GCUCCGGGGUGAAGGACCAGGUGUCCCGUAUCUCGGCCACGUGCUUGGACCGCUGUCUAAGGAGAGCAUCCAAGUUCGUAAGUGAUCCUGGGUCCAUACUGCAGAGGACAAUCGACAACGCUGUCGAGGCGUUUGUCGCUUCCAUUCACUCAACGAUUAUGAUCAAAGCUGAGCUGGAUGGGAGGGAGGCUUUAGCAGCAAAGGAGAAGGAAAACUUUUAUGCUGCCUUAGAGGCUUCUACCACCAUGAAGGGCGAGCUACUAAAGGCUCGUGCUGAAGUGGAUAUCCUGAAGGCCGAGGUGGACGCCAAGGCUGAGCUUCUAAAGAAAGAGGGUGAGAGGCACAAGGCCCAUCUCAGAGCAGCCCAUGCUAUCACCAAAGGGCUAGAGAAGGAGAAAUUCCAGCUCCUGAAGGAGAAGGACGACCUUGCUCAAGCUCUUGAGGAGAAGGAUGCCUUGAUUGGGCGCCUUACCAUCGAGCUGAAAGACACGAAGGAACGCCUCACCAAUGGAGUUCUGUUGGAGGAAGCCUUCAAGCAACACCCAGACUUCGAUGGGUUUGCCAAUGACUUCAGCGAUGCCGGCUUCAAGUUCCUGAUGAAAGGGCAUUGCUGCCGACAUGCCUCAUCUUCAUAUCGAUCUCAGCGAUCUCAAGAAGAAGUACUCUGAAAAGUGGGCUUCUGGGCCUAAUGAUACUCUUGGCCCCCAAUCUCUGGUGGACAAGUACGUCAGGGAGCUGGACUCUGACUACUCCGACGUGGAGGAAGAGGAUGCUCCUAGCCAAGAGCCUAAUGAGGUCGACACAACGCAAGAAGAGGUUUCUUCACAGCAGGGUGGAUCCCAGGAGGUCAACCUUCUCGGCUCCCAGGGCGAGCUGGCCUCCCACCUCGGAAGUAGCUGAGGCUCUCUUUCCUUCUCUCCCCUUUUUUUUAUUUUAUUAUUAUUUUUUUGUAAGCUUCAGGGCAGAGCUGCAAGGUA